UCGUCGCCGCGUGCGGACUCCCGCCUGGGCCACUCGGACUAGCCGUUGGGCGGCCUAGCGAAACCCCGCCCUCAGGAACCCCCUCCCACGUCGGAACCGCUCUAGCAGCGGACACCCAUGUGGGGGUUCGGGCUCCUGCGGUCCCCGCAGCUGCUGCUCCUGCUGCCGCAGCUCGGACUCGGAAACAUCUCUUCCCGCCUGCAGGCCGGAGCCAUGAGCCAGGGAGGCAUCGGCGGCGCGCGCUGCUCCCCCUCGGCGGAGGGACGCCGCCCGCGGUGCCUGCAGUUGUCCACUGUGCCCGGAGCCGACCCGCAGCGCAGCAACGAGUUGCUCCUGCUGGCGACGGCAGGGGAGGGACCACAGCGGCGGAACCUCCCUGGGGACCCGGCAAAGGAGGAGCCGCAACCGCCGCCCCAGCAUCAUGUCCUCUAUUUCCCCGGGGAUGUGCAGAAUUACCAUGAAAUUAUGACUCGUCAUCCUGAGAAUUAUCAGUGGGAAAACUGGAGUCUAGAAAAUGUUGCCACCAUUCUAGCCCACCGGUUCCCCAAUAGUUAUAUUUGGGUGAUAAAGUGUUCCCGAAUGCAUUUGCACAAAUUCAGCUGCUAUGACAAUUUUGUGAAAAGCAACAUGUUUGGUGCCCCAGAACACAAUCCUGAUUUUGGAGCUUUUAAGCACCUCUAUAUGUUAUUAGUUAAUGCUUUUAACAUAAGUCAGAAUGGUUUGCUAUCAAGAAAAGGGAAUGUUUGGAAUAAGGACUCCAGUGCAUCUAACUGUAGAUCUAAUUCUUCUACUAGUAAUGGUUGCCCAGGAGAAAAAGAGAGGACCUGUGAAAACUUUGAUGAAUCUGCCAUGAGUUUUUAUCCACCAUCACUGAACGGUGCAUCUUUUACUUUGAUUGGAUUCAGUAAAGGUUGUGUUGUUUUGAAUCAGUUGCUUUUUGAAUGGAAAGAAGCCAAGAAAGACAAGAACAUAGAUGCUUUCAUCAAAAGCAUCAGAACGAUGUAUUGGCUGGAUGGUGGUCAUUCUGGAGGAAGUAAUACUUGGGUUACAUAUCCAGAAGUCUUGAAAGAAUUUGCACAAACAGGCAUUAUUGUUCACACCCAUGUAACACCUUACCAAGUACGUGAUCCAAUGAGAUCUUGGAUUGGAAAGGAGCACAAGAAAUUUGUUCAGAUACUUGGGGAUUUUGGUAUGCAGGUGACUAGCCAAAUUCAUUUUGCACAGGAAGUUCCUUCCAUAGAGAACCACUUCAGGGUUCAUGAAGUAUUUUGAGACUAUAAAAAUAUUAAGGUACUUGUUCAGUAGAAGAGCAUAAGCACUUUGAAUGUUGUAAAUUCAGAUAAUGAGAUGUAAGAUGUAAUUUACAGAUGCAUUGUCACUGUGGGGGUUGGGGGAAGCACACAUUCCUAAAACAUGAGUGUAAUGUGCUUUUGAGUGUGAGUUUUUACUUUGGAUUGAGUUAGAAUUAGUUAACUUGAAAUCUAAAAGGGUGGUCUGUGAUAAUCCUGUGAGGAGAUAUGGCCCUUAAAAUGAAAGAAAUUUAACAAUAAAGUCCUUUUAAAAGGCAACUAAAAUUGUUGGAAAUAAUUGAUUUUCUGAGUAAUGUUUUAAACUAAUUUUGUUGACAUAACAGCAGUUAGCUAUUUUGGCAUGCAAAACUUGAGGGGAAAUACUUCAUUUCCUUAUAGACAAAAACAAAGGCACCCUGUUUUCCAUCAUU